AUGAUAGCAAGAAGAUGGAUCUCUACUACUCGCAUAACUCCUGUAAACCUUUCAGCAUUUACUAAUCGUAAAACAGGUACUGGUUCAGGCCCAUUCGUCGAAUUUCCAGACUUCCAUCUAUCACAAGAUUCCUUAAUACUGCGAAUGCCAUCAUUCAGUACUGUCUAUGGGAAGCUAGACCAAAUAAAAAUGUUCAAUGCUCCUCCAGAAACGUUACCUCCAGCUGUAGAGUUGGUAAAACUAAAGACUGGGUUUACUAGAAUCUCAACAAGUGACUACCCUGUGAAUUUGGUCUGCGACACCAUAGUUCCAACCAAUAAUGUAAAGUUGCUUGAAAUUGACGAGUACGAAAAGGGCUGGAGACUAUAUAAUCCUGAAACCCACGUUAUUUGUUAUAGUGGAGAUGUGUCAUUUGCGAGUGGUCGGUUAAUUGGUAGAGGUGUAGUAGCGCUUAUGGGACAGGGACCCGUAUUCGAUUUAUCAUUAACUGCACAGGAGGAGAUCCUACUUACCCCAGAGUCAAUCCUAGGCCAUGAACAAUCUGUUCAACUACAUCCUCAAAAACUUAAUUCAUUUGUAACAGUAUCCGAAGUAAUAAAGCAGCAUGGGAACUCGUUUCUUGGCCGGUAUUAUGACAAGAUUCUUGGGCUGCUGUCCAACGUCAUCAGCAAAGAAAAGGUAUUCUAUAAGGUUAAAGGCCCCGGAAAGGUGCUUAUUCAGACGGGUCUCCUAACUAAACCCAUCUAUCACUACUCCAAGGAUAUGCUUAUCGGUUCCAUGAAAUGA